UGACGUCUCGUGACAGAAUACUGUCACUUCGAUGCCAAUGACGAAACCCAUCUUACUCAUCCUUUCCUUUCACCUUCACGAUUGCUUACCAUGGUCCAAGAAGUCUUCAAUCCGAACCCAGUCAUCUUCAAACCGGCAAAAAGCGCAGACAGACGACAGUUAACUUCUCUCUGGCUGGAUCAUGAGGACGAGGCACCUAACGACGCUGAUGAUGUCGUCGAACCCAUCGAUCAGGAUGAAAUAUAUGACCUCGUGCGAUGGAUACACGACCCUGAGUACCCCAAUACACUUGAAGAACUGAAGGUUGUUUCGGCACCGCAAAUUUCGGUCUCAAGGAACCACAUCGUAGUCGAAUUCACUCCCACAGUACCUCACUGUGGUAUGUCGACAAUAAUAGGUCUUUCAAUUCGUGUUCGGCUUCUCCGAAGUCUACCGCAUCGAUUCAAGGUGGAUAUCAUCGUCAAACCCGGAUCUCAUCAGAGCGAGGAAGCGGUGAAUAAGCAGCUCAACGACAAGGAAAGGGUCGCAGCUGCACUGGAAAAUCCUGCGCUCGUCAAGACGAUUGAUACGUGCCUCGAAGGUCAAUCGGCAUCUGUUUAGCCUCAAACUUGGCCCGAUAUUGUACAACGUAUCCAAGGGAAAGUUGUCGGAUAAAUUUUGUAGCUUUAGGAACAAGGCUUGGACGAAUGUAAUACAAUAGCUCAUUUACUGGCCAGGUA